GGGCGGACAAACUCCAAAUCAGGACAACAUCGAAAAACACACAGUUUUCAACAACGAUUUGCGGAGCCGAGUGGGAUGGGAAAAGGUUGAAAAAAGUCCGAUAGUAAUUCAAAAGCUCUUGUUACUUCCCUUAUUUUCUUUGGAUUUCUUUAACCUAAGUUUAUGGCAGGAAAGGUUGGCAAAACUACGAUAUCCGUUUGGUGUGAAUUUAAUUUUGUCCACCACUUGACAGCCCCCUGAAGGCUCAGCUUAGCGAACCCGCCACAGCGGUGGAGCUCGGAUUUCCCAUUGGCAGCACCCGCAAGGCUCUCUCAGCCGCGAGCUCCAUCGCGAAAUUUCUGGAGCGCCCACAGCAGGCCAACAGCCCACCAUGAACACCACGCCCGUAUCGGCGUCACUCCUACGCCUGUGCGCCGGCCUGUCGCGCAUCAGCGUCCGCCAUGGCUCUCACCUGGCGCGCUACAAGCAGCCGAGGCCAGAACUAGCCGGCUUCGAGCCCGGCCACGGCGAGAAGAUAUGGGUCUUCAACCACAUCACCACGAACCAAAUAGUGUACUCGACCAAGCCGCAGCUAGACUCAAACAAGGCCCUGAAGCAGCUGCCCUUCAACGGCAAGAAGACGAAGCCGGCGAAGCUGAGGAAGGACUACUGGAGGCCAAUGGCCAUCAUAAGGUUCGAGUUGGGCGAGGGCGACAUCGGCCGGUCCGUGUACCAGAAGCUGCGCGAGUUCAAGCGCCUGCACGAGCUCUCGUGGGGCUACCAGGCCGAGGAGCUCUACCGCAUGAGCAAAAAGGACAGGGGCCAGGCGCUGAACAAUCAAAAGGCCAACAGCGUCGCCGACAUCGCCGCCGUGCUUGCCGGCGCAGGCAGGGGGAACCUGAUGUGGAGGAAGCCGGCCGGCGAGCAGGCCGAGGGGACGGCGACCGAGCAGCAGAAACAGCAGCCGCCGGCCGGAGAACAGGCCAAGGAGACGGCGGCCGAGCAGCAGCAGCAGCAGCAGCCGCCGGCAGGAGAGCAGGCCGAGGAGGCGGCGAUGGAGCGGCUGCUGCCGGCCGUGGACGGCGAGCAGGGCGCGGCGGCUGCCAGAAAGCCAGCACCGCCCUUCCCUGGCGCGAUCCUAGCGCCGGCAAGGGUCUACUGGGCAACAGAGGAAGAUGCGGCUUUUGCCUUGGCCUGGUCCCCAAAUGUCGGACACAAGGUCGGACUGAUUCUCGAUCCCGUUCCCGUCGACGAGUUCACAGAGAUCGAGGAGGAAUCUCCAGAACCAAGCACCGACGAGAGUGCUGCACAAAGUCAGGAGAAUUCUCGUGCCGCAUAAGCGAGAUCACGGGAGCGCAUUUACUCGGAAAGCCCCCCUGAGGGUCAGAGGGUAAUGAGUGAGAGUGCGGGAAAAGAGCCUGUAUUCUACUAUGCAUUAAAGCCUGAUCAUGUACAACCAACCUACCCUAUGAAAAACGACUGCGCAUCAUGCCCACGGAUAUCCUCCCUUUGCAUGAUUUCAUGCCCCAUUGCCCGUUAUUACAACCUCUCGCUCCUCACACCUUGAGGGCGAACGACUUGAGAUACUCAUAAUGCUCCACGUUGGCGUCGACACAGUCCCGGAUGAUCUUUUGGCCCUUCUCGCCGUACUUUUCGAGCCACUCCUUGUUGUCCGACUCGGUGGUUGCCGACUUCUGCACGCCAUUUAAUUUCCCUCCUGUUAGCGGUCUGGAUACCAGGCAACCAACACGCUUCCUUGCGACACUCAACUUGUUUCCAAAAAGAGAUAAGAAGAAAAAAAAGAGAAGAAACUUACACAGCCGUGAGUCCUCGGCUUGAGGUAGGUGCUGUUGAUGACGUCGUCGUGGAACCCGUUCCACUUGGCAAACGCCCCGACGGCGUACCUCUGGUUCUCCUCGUCCUCCCACCUGAGCAUGUCGGGGCUGUAGUCGAUGCCGACCUCGCGGCAAAAGGCCUCGACGACGGCGGCGGGCUUGUCCAGCAGGUCGUCGGCGUCGACAACCGUGAUGGUGACGGGGGAGGAAUCAGAGCCAGAGCCGGAGUCGGAGUCGGAGUCGGAGGCGGAGUCCUCGCCGGCCCGCGCGGGGCCGACGACGCCCUCCCCGCGCAGGUAGUCGAAGAGCCAGCGCAGCUCCAGGUAGCCGGCCUCGCUCGGCAUGAAGUCGACGAAGCCCGUCACCUCGCUCAGCGGCGGGAUGGUGCAGCGGUAGUAGGACGGGAUGGACCGCCGCGGGUGCCGGAUCAGGAAGGUGAAGUGGAACUUGCGGAGCUCCUCCAGCGGCAGCACGGUCGGGUUCUCCAGCUUGUGGCCGGCGGUGCCGUUGGUGCCGUUGGUGCCGUUGGUGCC